AGCCACCUGAUUGGUCGCCCGGUCCGAGUUUAAAAGUGAGCCGCGGAGAGGAGAAGCAGCUAACGGCUAACGGCUAACGGCUAACGCUUUAAAUAACCUGUCUGCUGAAUAAUACAUUCAGACGAAGAUGAUGGAGUCGUGUUUAGCCGGGAAGCCGGAGAGAGUCGGUCCGGUGGAGGUGGACGACAUCAGGAGAGACCUGCUCGGUGAAUUCGCUGCUCUGCCUGCACAGGACAGCGUUCAGUCGCAGACGGAGAACCUGCAGGUCUACCUGAGGGUCCGACCUUUCACUGCAGCCGAGAGCGACAGCGGAGGGUCACAGGAGUGUGUGACUAUCGAGGGCCCCGACACCGUGGUCCUGAAGGCUCCCAGGAGCUGUCAGUCAAACCGACCAAGCGAGAAGUCCCUCCCACAAACAGCUCAGAAGUUCAGCUUCACACAGGUGUUCGGUCCGGAGGCCAGUCAGAGGAAGGUGUUUGAGGGUUCAGUUCGCGGUUUGGUCCGAGACGUUCUGGAUGGAGGAAACUGUCUCGUGUUUACCUACGGAGUCACCAAUGCUGGAAAAACCUUCACCUUCCUGGGUCCAGAUCACGACAGCGGCCUGUUGCCCAGGUCCCUGUCUGUCAUCUUCAACAGUAUCGAAGGUCGUCUGUACGGUCGUAACGAUCUGAAGCCUCAGCGCUGCAGAGACUUCAGCAGACUGACCCCAGACCAGCAGACAGCAGAGAGCAGCAGCAAGAAGAACCUGCUGAGGCUCCUCAAAGAGAGCGACAAAAGUCUGACGGCCGGAAGAUCCACCUUCCUCGACGGCUCGUCUCUCAGCACUGACAGCAGUGUGAACAGCGUCUCUGAAGCCGACAGUUUCUGUCUGGACGUCGACUCAAACGUCCGUUUCUCAGUCUGGGUUUCAUUCUGUGAGAUUUACAACGACAACAUCCACGACCUGCUGGAACAGCUUCCCAGUGGACACCAGAGGAGGACGGUGCUGCGUCUGUCUCAGGACGUCAAAGGGAACUCCUUCAUCAAAGACCUACGCUGGGUGCAGGUCAACAGCUCUGAGGAGGCUUACAGAGUGAUGAAGAUUGGGAAGAAGAACCAGAGUUUCUCCUCCACCAGACUGAACCAGCUGUCCAGCAGGAGCCACAGCAUCUUCUCCAUCCGGAUCCUCAGAGUGGAUGACGUCGGAGUUCCUAGAGUCCUCGGCAUCAGCGAGCUGGCUCUGUGUGACCUCGCCGGCUCGGAGCGCUGCUCUCGGACUCACAACACCGGAGAGCGACUGAAGGAGGCGGGAAACAUCAACAGUUCGCUGCUGACGCUCGGGAAGUGCAUCAGCGCCAUGAGACUCAACCAAAACGCCAAGUUCCAGCACCACAUCCCCUUCAGGGAGUCCAAACUGACCCACUUCCUGCAGUUCUUCUUCUGUGGUGCCGGCCGGGUCUCCAUGGUGGUCAACAUCAACCAGAACUCGUACUGCUUCGACGAGACGCUCAACGUCCUCAAGUUCUCCGCCCUCGCCCAGAAGGUGGUGGUUCUGAACUCGAGGCCGGUGGUCCUGGACGACGCCCCCCACAGGUCGGCCAUGGAGCUGUCGAUGAUCAUCGACGAGGCCGACCGGCGCAGGAACGUGGGGGGGCGGGGCAGGAAGAGCUCGAUGGUUGCCUGGGAGACGACCCUGGAGGACGUGCUGGAGGAUGGCGAAGAGUGGCAGGAGGAAGAGGAGGAGGAGGAGGAGAGUGUGAUGGACGGAACGGUGCUGGAAGCAGGAGGUGAGGAGGAGGAGGAAGAGGAAGAGGACAGGACCAUGGAGGAAGAAGAGAAGGUAGCGGACAGAGAGGCAGCGCUGCGGUUGGUCCUGGAGGCUCAGAUCAGAGAAGAAGUGAGCGCUGAGUUCAUGGAGCUCUUCAAUAAGAUGGAGAAAGACUACAGCGAGCGUCUGGAGAAGGAGAGGGAGAUCUUGGAGGAGAGAGCUGAGAAAAGAGUCGAGAUCCUGAAGAACCUCGUCAGUAAGACGGUCGACCUUUCGGCUGUCAGCACCGACAACAACAAGGAGGAGCAGGCGGCUGUGCUGGAGGGAAUCAUCGGCUCGUUGACUGAAGACCUGCAGAGGAUCCGAGAGGACGCGCAGAGCGUUCACCACUGCCUCGCCACGCAGGAGAGCGCGGAGCAGCAGCAGCAGAAGAUAUCGGAGCUGAUGGAGAUGUGUCGGCAGAAAGACGACGCCAUCGACAAACUCCAGGCGGCCGUGGAGGGCACCGUGGAGAACGCCGCCAGAGACAGGGCUCUGGUGGAGUCCAUCAGGGCGGAGCUGCUGCAGCUUCAACAGACCUGUCGCUGUGUGAGGAGGACCGGAGGAGGAGGAGGAGAGCAGGAGGAGAGCAGGAAACGCCAGCGUGAAUCUCUGGAGAAGGAUGAGGAGGAGAGAGGACCGGCAAAGAAGAGAGUGGUUCUGGAGGAGGAGAUCUGGAGGCUUCAGGAGGAGAACGACAAGAAGGAGGAAACCAUUGCAGAGCUGAGAGAGAGGGAGGAGAGGAGGAGGGGGCAGGAGGAGGAGCUGAGGAGGCUGCAGGAGGAGGUGGAGGAGCUGAAGAAGGAGCGAGUGUCACUGGAGCAGAAGCUGACAGAUGUGGAGUGUCCCAGCUGUGACUCAGUGUUUGUGUCUCUGGAGUCGGAGCGAAGGGAAGCGUCCCGACUGAUGAAGGAGAACAAAGCUCUUGUUAACGGGAUCUUCCAGCUGCAGACGGAGCUGACCAGUCUCCAGACGCAGGUCAGAGAGCAGACUGACGAGUGUGACAGCCUAUCAGAGCAGCUCAGCACUGCAAAGACCUGCCUCCAGGACCUGGAGAGCCAAUCAGAGGAGAGCGCGGACACCAUCAACAGUCUGACACAGGAAGUGGAGCGCCUGAGGCAGGAAGUCAAGGAGGAGGAGGGGCAGAGCAGCAGCAGUGUCUUCCACGCCACCAUGGCGGAGCUGAAGAAGGAGAGCCAGGCGGCGCUGGAGAGAUCGGCUCAGAAAGCUCAACAGAUCCAAGACCUGCAGAGAGAGAAGAUCCAGCUGGAGGAGACCCUGACACACAGGUGUGUGGAGCUCAGAGAGCAGUUGGCCAAUCAGAGAGCAGCACUCUCCCAUCAGCUCCAGAGCCUGAGGGCGGAGCUGGAGUCUGAGGGCGGAGCUCUGCGAGGGAGACUGGAGGAGAUGGAGAGAUCAGAGGAGGAGAGGAGGAGAAACCAGGAGAGAGAGAGAGAAGAGCUGCAGCGAGCGGCGGCGGAGAAAGACAGACUGAUAGAAGAGAGCUACAGACAGACGGAGGCUCUGAGACGAGAACUGGAGCGUCUGAAGGAAGACCUGCUGAGGAGGGAGGAGGAGGAAGAGAAGGAGAACAGAGGGGAGGAGGAGAGGAAGGUGUCGGUGGUGGAGGAGCUGAAGGAGGAGAUCCUGAGACUCCAGGAGAGGAGGUGCAGACAGCAGCAGGAGGAGCAGGAGGAGGAGGAGGAGGAGGAGGAACAAAGGGAGUUCAGGGCUGUGAAGAGAGAGGUGGAGAGACUACAGAGAGUGAAGGAGGAGAGAGAGAUACAGGACGUUGCUGUCUCCCCUCUGAGGUCCAACAUGGCUGACAGGAAGAAAACACCCAGAACUACAGGGAGGAAGAGGAAGAGCUGCGAGGUGGAGGACCUGGUGCUCAGUGAGAACAAGAGGAACCGAGUGAGAGGAAACACUCGGAACAACAAACAGUCUUCUUCUGUGGUGAAGGAGAAGAGAGACGGGGCUCUUCAGAAGAUCGGAGGGUUGAUCCAGAGCUCUCCCUCCAUCCUGGGCAGUAAAGCUAAAACCCUCAUCGGUCUGGUCAGCGGACACUCGGUGGAGAAGGACGCGGUUACCACGGCAACCAAACAGAGACGAGGACGGAAGAAGCUUUACAAGACGGACGCCUCGUCCACGCUGCUGGACUCUCCGCACACGAUGUUCGGAGGAGCCGAGGACGAGAAGGAGAGCGAUCACCUCAUCAUUAAGAGACAGCUGCGGUCCAAGACCAGGAAGUGACGUCAUCAUCACGUGACACUACUCUGCUGUAAGAGCCGGUUUUCAGGCGGCAUUAAAACCUCUCAGGACACUUUGAGAAUAAAACUUUUCUCUUCAGCGCGUCUGAAGAAGAGUUUGAUUUUAAACCGUGUACAGUUUGUUUUUUAGUUUAUUGUUUUUUAUUGCUGGGAUCAAUAAAGCCGACGAUCUUUCACUUCCUGAGAAAUAAAAAUGAUUCCCAGCUUCUGA